AUGGCGGCGCCCGUCAUCGCCGGUGUAUUGCCUCCGAGACAAGCACCCGGUGCUGCAGAAGGCGUGACAGCCAUCACUAGUCCGGGAGGCUCACAGAUACGCUACAAGCAGCCCGGUAAAGAUGGCAUUUGUGAGACUACCCCCGGAGUCAACUCUUAUAGUGGAUACAUCGAUAUCGACCCAGACGUGCAUGUUUUCUUCUGGUUCUUCGAGUCGCGUAGAGAUCCUGCGAGAGAUCCAGUGACACUCUGGCUCAAUGGCGGCCCUGGCUCUGAUUCCUUGAUUGGUCUUUUUGAGGAGAUUGGGCCUUGCGAGGUGGUGGAAAACAUGACUACUGUUCUUCGAGAUUACGCUUGGAAUGAGAUAUCGAACGUUCUGUUUCUCUCACAACCAGUUGGAACAGCUAAGGUCCACGAUCUAAGACGAGCAGGGUUCUCCUACAGCGAGAAAGCGGUGGGCUUUCUCGAUCCUACCUACCUUCUGGUAGACAAGGAGCCAGAGACCUCCGAUGAGCGCGAAGGCCGCUGGUCAGUCAUAGACCCUACCAAAGAAGAUACCAGUCGUCUGGCUGCUAUCACUUGCUGGGAAGUGGUCCAAGGGUUCUAUGACGCUUUGCCACAAUUGAGCUCCUCUAACAUCUCCUCAAUUGAUUUUCAUCUCUGGGCUGUUAACCCUGAGACAGAGUCAUUCGGAGGGCAUUGGGGCCCGGCAUUUUACACCUUGUUCAACGAGCGCAACUCUGAGCUUGAGCAAAGCACCCCGGUCGGGCGCAAGCUCAACUUGAAGAGUCUCGGCAUUGUAAAUGGAAUCGUUGAUGAGCACGUGCAGACCAAAUACUUGCUUGACUUCACUCGAGGCGAAAACAAUGGCUAUGGCGUCGAUCUCAUCAACGACACAAUAUAUGAAUACGGCAAGUGGAACCGAGAUCGCCCUGGCGGCUGCCAAGAGAAGCUUGACUACUGUGACUAUCUUGAACGCGACUCAAUCGUUAGACGGUCGGCAUGUUCUGCCGCACAAUUCAUUUGCCAAUCCGAUGUCGAGGGCAUGUACUACACUUUCAAUCUGGAAGGCCGAGGGACCUAUGAUAUUCCCUGGCUGAACACCGCUCAAGCACAAAACGCGCUUGGCGUUGAUCUCAACUACACAUCAAGUAAUCUGCUCUAUACUGCUUACACCCUUUCGGGCGAUUUUGCGGUCGGAUAUCUUCCGGAUGUUGAGAAGCUUCUUGAACUUGAUGUCCAGGUAUCGUUGGUCUACGGAGAUGCUGACUACAUUUGCAACUGGCUGGGCGGUGAGGCGCUCUCACUCACGGCCAACUGGUCUGGGGCCGAGAAGUUUCGCGACGCAGGCUACACCAGCUUGAUGGUGAACGGUGAAGCUUAUGGCGAAACUAGACAGUAUGGGAAACUUAGUUUCACUCGUGUUUGGAAUGCUGGGCAUGAGAUUCCAUAUUUCCAACCAGCUGCUGCCUUCCAGAUCUUCAACAGAACCAGCAACCGUUUCGAUAUUGCUACAGGACAAAUCAAGAUCAACCCUGAUAGUACGUAUCAGACGAAUGGAACCGCUAAGACUACCAAGACGACCUCACUUCCGCCCUUGCCGGCACAGACAGGGGCUUGA